UUAUGGGAAUGUGAUUAUUACGGACAUCCAAGUGAUAGACGUUUAUUUAACGGAUUUUUUAACGUGUUAUGGGAUACCAUGUUUAAAUAUAAACAAAUAGAUUAUGAUAAAUAUUAUAAACCCAUUGAGGAUUAUGCAGAAAAGGAUUUUUUUAAAUUAUUUCAAGAAGAAAUUAAAAAUGAAGAUAUUUUGGAUUUUUGUGAAG